UAUCGUUGCAGGAUUCCACACAAAGCAACCAAUCGACCGAUCCAUGUCAGAUAUCGACAAGCAGCGUCUGCCGCGUUGGUGGUCGGGUGGAGUCUGCUCGGCCAUUGCGGUGACCACCACCCAUCCGCUGGAUUUGGUCAAAGUGCAGCUGCAGACGCAGACGCAGGGCGAGAGGGUUUCGGUCGGAAAGGUCAUAUCAAACAUCUACCAGAAGGGCGGGCUCGCGGGCUUCUACAGCGGCAUCUCUGCCUCCUGGUUCCGACAGCUAACCUACACGACGGCCCGCUUCGCCCUCUAUGAGUACGGCAAGAAGUUCGUGGACUCGAGCAAUGUCGGUGCCAAGGUGCAGCUGGCGAUCUUUGCCGGCAUCUUCGGAGGCAUUGUGGGUGUGCCUGGCGAUGUGGUGACGGUACGGCUGCAGAACGACAUCAAGAUGCCGCCGGAGAAGCGGCGAAACUAUAAGCACGUCUUCGAUGGGCUGUACCGCAUACAGAAGGAGGAGGGCGUCAAGAGUCUCUUUCGGGGCGCCGUGCCCGCUGUGACCAGAGCCGUGGUGCUGACGAUAGGCACUAACGCCACCUAUGACCAGGUGAAGCAGCUCAUUCAGGGCUCCUUCCGCACAGAGGAGGGUCUGCCUCUGCACUUUCUAACCUCUACGAUAGCUGGCUGCAUUGGCACCAUCAUGACGCAGCCCAUCGACGUGAUCAAGACCAGGUACAUGAAUGCCAAGCCGGGCGAGUACUCGAGCCUUAUGGCGGUGGUCCUGAGCAUCUUCAAGCAGUCGCCGCUGGCAUUCUACAAGGGCUUCAUUCCGGCCCUGUUGCGAGUGAGUCCCAACACGAUCAUCACCUUCAUGCUGUACGAGCAGGCGCGCCUGCGCUUUGGCUACCUUCCGCCGAACGCCUAGAAAUAAUAUAAUCGAUCAUCGACGGCCUCCCACUCCGUCAUGAAACUCAAAUUUUAAGCAAACCAAAACCCUCGUCGUAUUGCUGCAUAUCUAUUGGCCUGGAAGUAAUCCCCUCCUGCCGUAAUCGCGCCUAAUAAGCUGCCACUGACCGUUGGUCAGCAGCAGCAGCAAACGAUGGGGGUCAACGGCAGUCCUGCGUGUCCAAAUGGAAAUGCUGUUUAUGGUUUAUGAAAUUUGCAUAAGCGCAGGCAUACGCGUAUACCCCAUACCCCAUAUACCUGUGUGUCUGUGUGUCUAUGGCCAGGGCUAACUAAAAACAGAGACCGAGACAAACACAAUCCAAAUGAGUUAGUUAAGCCGGCUGCACGUUCGCCGCUCGUAAUUAGGAAACAGGGGCCACAAGGUGCAAGGGUCGAACCAAACCCUCACCGAAACCCCGGGAGCCACAGAAGAAACAAGAAUUUACGAAACAAAAUGCAAAACUGAAAACCGGAAAGGGCUCAAGAUUCUGUCACCACUGAACACU